GUGCAAGUUACAUGCCCAGCAUUACGGCUCGCAUGACAACACUAUUCGGAGACAACUGCCGCCGGCGAAUAUAAAUUGCCACAGGACUCUCGACGCCCAGAUUUGGGAACGAAUAUUCGCCACAUGACGCUUGGCGCCCAGAUUUGGAGAACAAUUGGCACCCGCGCAAACCGACUCCUCGUUCCUUUUGCUGUGUCACUACCGGUAGGCCGCUAGCAUUAAAAAAGGGAACAAGUAUCACCGUCCAUUGGCGAUUGGUAGCAAGGGUGAAUGCGCGGCGAGUUUUUUUUGGGGGCCGUGCACGCACUCUUCUCCCCAACCAAUUUGCCGCCCACACAUCUGUCGUGCAGUUUCGCGAGUCGUCUAGCAGGGGCCGCGUUGAGCGGCGGGGUGGGGAGUUUGCGGAAGUUUUGCCUUCGCCCUCGCCGUCGCCCGAGUUUCGUUUUCGCGCUCGCUCUUGAGAUACAGUCACCAUGCAAGGGGCUCUCCGAGCUACGCUGGUUGCUGCGCGGGGCGCCGUUGCUCGCCAUGCUGGCGGGAAAUGGCGGGGCGGGGCUUCGUCGUCAUCGUCGACCAGUCAACUGCUGCCACGUGUAGGGCAGUAUGUCAGGGGAGCAGCGGCGGCGGAUUUGUGCUCCUCUCGCUUCCCCGCCGCUUCAUGGGGUGGAGUGCGGAUGUUCAGCACCCCGGCCAAGCAGAUGACCGUCCGAGAUGCAUUGAACUCGGCCAUCGACGAGGAGAUGGCAGCGGAUAUCAAAGUGUUCAUUAUGGGAGAAGAGGUAGCGGAGUACCAGGGCGCAUACAAGGUAACGAAGGGGUUGCUCCAGAAAUAUGGGCCCGACCGCGUCCUUGACACUCCAAUUACUGAGGCUGGGUUCACUGGCCUCGGCGUCGGCGCGGCAAUGUACGGACUGAAACCGAUCGUGGAAUUCAUGACCUUCAAUUUCUCCAUGCAGGCGAUUGAUCAAAUCAUCAACUCAGCCGCCAAGUCGCACUACAUGUCUGGAGGGCAAUUGACGGUCCCAGUUGUGUUCCGAGGGCCCAACGGUCCCGCAGCCGGUGUCGGGGCGCAGCAUUCACAGUGUUUCGCCGCGUGGUACUCCUCUGUCCCAGGUCUGAAGGUGGUCUCCCCGUACUCGUCGGAGGACGCCAGAGGUCUGCUGAAGGCGGCCAUUAGGGACCCCGAUCCCGUCGUUGUGCUGGAGAACGAAUUGCUGUACGGCGAGGCGUUCCCUGUUUCCGAGGAGGCGCUCGACUCCAACUUCGUCAUCCCGAUUGGUAAGGCCAAGAUUGAGCGGGAAGGGACAGAUCUGACUAUCACUGCCUUCUCAAAAAUGGUUGGCUUUGCGCUGAAGGCUGCGGAGGAGCUGGCAAAGCAGGGCAUCAGCGUAGAGGUCAUUAACCUGCGAUCGAUCAGGCCGCUGGAUAGAGAUGCGAUCAACAAGUCUGUACGGAAGACGUCUCGUCUUCUGACGGUGGAGGAGGGAUGGCCGCAAAAUGGGAUUGGCGCAGAGAUUUGCGCGUCUGUGGUCGAAGAGAGCAUGGAUUUCCUCGAUGCUCCAGUUGAGAGGAUCACAGGUGCCGACGUCCCCAUGCCAUAUGCUGCCAAUCUGGAGAGAGCGGCAAUUCCGCAGGUGGAAGACAUAAUGCGGGCGGCGAAGAGGGUUUGCCAGAGGAGCGGGGAGGCGAAGCGUGCUGUAGCAUGAGGAUGUGCUUUGCUCGGCCUGCUGUUCUGUUGGAUUGUAUGACGUCGUUUGUCCGGUCAUCAAUGGCCCCAGGCAACUGGAGAUCCUAUUUUGAGCCUCUUCGGAAAUUUAGGAGCCCGAGCGCCGUAGAUAAAAUGAAUCGGUGGCGGGCAGCCUCCAAAAGGGGCCCGCGGCCGAUAGCUGCCGGCAUGUACUUGUGCUUUAACUGUUAAUACUAUCUGCUAAUGGUUCAGGUGAUGUGCUAACAUUGCAGGCGGCGAUUUACAAAGAGCCUGUCGCAGUAGAGUGAUGCGAAGUUCCGCUCGACAGCGGUGGAGAGGGGUCGGGAGCACUACGUGGAGGCCCGGUGCGGUCUAAACUCAGGUCGCACCUCGUAAUACCGUGGGAUAAUUGCACUCCACGGUUGUAUUUAGCAAGCGGUAGGGGUCAUAUUGCCUGGUAGUAGUGAUAAUGUUUAUUGUUCGCUGUCCGGUAGAUUUUCUUUUAUCGUGAUGAAGACCACCAGGGAGUGACGGAGGGAGGGAGGGAGGGAAGGAGACGAUGGGUUGCCUCUAUCACCCUGGCAGAAGUUUGGAUGUGUGGAAACCGGGUUCGAGGCAUGGAAUUCACCAUGAAACUUCGUGGCACCUGUCGUGAAACUUCCAUGUCUGGUAAGUUUUUCUGCUGAUGGCAAUGGGGAGAUGAUCAGGUUCUCGAAGGAUGGAUUUCCGGGCAGAUGUGGAUAAGAGGAAAGGAGGAGAGGAUGAGAGGAUGCGGAGGAGAGGAGGAGAAAAGGAGAGAAGGAGAGGAGGAGAGGAGGACAAAAUCUGGGUCGACAACCGUGCACAUUCUCACGUACCCUUUUUUGUAUUUGGGGAUGUGCAUCUUCUUUUGUUAUGGAUUCGCAAGGGGAGGGUUUAGUUUAGGAUCCGGAGUUUUGGAUAAAAGCUUCAGUGAUGAACAGCGGCCUAGCUCAGUUGGUAAGGCACGCAAGUGGCAUUCAGGAGGUCUUGGGUUCAAUCCCCAUUGACCGGUGUACCUUCCUGGGGAAGCGAGGUGCCCACCACCUAGAGAUAUGCCGUUGGUCCCCCUAAGUGGCAUUGAGCAGAGACUGCUGAUGAUCAUAGCGGGAGGGGACCGGAGGGGAGGCACAGUGACUGACCCAUCGAAGUAGCUCGGUGCUGAUGCUAUCGGCUGACCCCUGCCCGGUAUCACCCACCUGCUGGUGGGUGCAAGCCGGUAUCACCCACCUGCUGGUGGGUGCAGCUGGCGCAUGUUCCCUCGUUGGAGGCUUGAGCACGGAUGUGGCUGCUACGGAGUUCCCCGUAAUACUAAAAUGACAAUAAAAAAGGCCUGGAAGGCCGUCCUGUCCAGAUUCAACAGGUAAUUUAUUAGCUUUUAUUAAAAGAUUAAAAAGAUAAACACUGUUAUUGGGGCGGUAUUUGUUUUGAUUUCUUUCCUCAAAUGGCUUGUUGUAUUUGCGCACGUUGUAUUUGUGCACGUGUGCAAAACCGUGUCGUUUUGUACAAGAAUUGUUUGGUUCGCUAAUGCUUAGUCAUUAUGUGAUGGAUAAUGAAAAAAAAGACCCUUC